AUGACGUGCUUCCGUCAUCCAGGACGCGAACGGAAAACCGGCGACAGACGGGCUAUGAUCCCCGGAGCCGGCGGUGAUACCAGCAGCGAGGGUAGCGUCACCGAUUUGGCGAUACCUCAUCACGUGCCGCACAUCUUACCACCGCCACCGCAAAUGAUUGCUCCCUUGCCGCCGAACAAACGACCAGUUCGUAAGAUCAGCGCGAAACCUCGUUAUCCACCUAGAAAAGCUACUAUGGUGCCUGCAGCCGCAAUUCCAAUCAACGACGAACAGCGUGAUCGCUCUUUGACGGUAAUGAUUCCACGCGCAAAGUAUCGAUCGGCGCCGCAAUCACCGCAAAAUUAUAAUAAGACCGUCAUGAGUACGUUCGCCGCUGAGGAACACAAACUCAUAAACUAUCUCGACAAUGGCGCGUGCUCUCCCGCUAAUAGGAAACAAAGUAUAUCUAGCGCGAAGGAUUGCAAGGAAACUGAUUUACAAGGCACGAGAAACCCGAUAACACCCACGGGUGCUCUCGUAAGUGCCGGUUUUCAGGUCUCAGCGACGGUGACCCGUACUGUAGACGCUGAGUCCACCUUGGCACGUUCGUGCGGCGAGACCACCGUGGAAACAGCGACUAAGGUAUUGAGGAGCGGAGAUCUUCAGGUUGAUCUUGACUCGACUCUGGCCCGCUCGUGCGGCGAGACAACCAUUCAAGCUCCGACGAAGCUCCUUAGAUUGGAUCUAGGCGAGGCUGGUUCCACACUGGCGCGAUCGUGCGGCGAAACGACGAUCCAACCGCCGACAAAAGUCGCCGCCGCCAGAAGGAACAGCGUCAAAGACACCAGGGAUAACAGGGACACUAGAGACAGCGCCAGCGAGGGUCACACUAUGGCCGAGCGUGAUUUAGGCAGCACACUGAGACUUCCGGCGCAACACCCGCCAUUGUACAGUCCGGAUAGGACUAGCGAUCGGGACUCCAACUUCGAUUCGCUAUAGACACUCAAACGAGAACGAGUCACGACGGAAAGAUUGAUUGCGGACGAAGCCGCUGGACGGUAUUCUCCGAUUAGAUUUAUGAAUCAUUGUAUAUCGAAAUCUGCCGCUAUCGAAACACGCGAAACAACAUAUUUCAUUGUAUAUCGUUUUAUUUAUUAAUCGCGGUUGUUAUUUAUUCGCUUCUAUUCGUAUUGCGGUACAUUUACUUGUCAUGUGUUUGUUUAUGAUUUUAUAGCACCUUGUUGCUCAACAAAAUAGAUCAAGUUUCUCUCGUUAGAAGAACUCUUCUAAAUUCAUUACUUGAUCAGCGGAUGCUUCUGAAAUUAAAAUCCUGCGUGUAAUUUCGCCAAGGCGGAAGAUAAGCGCGCGUGACUCAACCCCGUGCCAAAAUACAACCAAUGAAAUAGGGAAGACUUUCGAAGAAGCUUCUUCUUGCCUUCCCUGUCGUUUUUACGAGAUCGAGCGACUCUUCGCUGCAGCUGAUCGAAAUAUUAGAAUAAAAAACUUAAGUACCACGAUUCGACAUCGGCAAUUUCAAAUGAAAUCAUCAAUUAUUCUCUUGAUUCAAUUGAAAUUGAAUCAAGAGAAUAUCAAGCGCUAAAAAGUAUCUCUUUACAGAACAAUUUUACAGAUGUAGAUUCAAAUUUGGAAAUAAUAUUUCGAUUGCCGCAGCUUACCGUGCACAUGCAAGCAUGGUGCAACAGUGUCAUAAAUAGUGGAUGGCGCUAAAUCGUUGUGCUGACAGCAUGACAAAAUAGCUCGAUGCUUACAUUGAUCACAAAACGAGAACAUUUUUUUAUUUUUGUUGUUAUUGUUUGUUUAGUCUAUUCUCUGAUAAGUCAUGUCAUGUUGCCCGGCUUCGUUGCAAGACUUACUUCAGAGCGAACUUGCGCUCGAGAUCGAUAACAAAUUCGUUCUAGCACUUGCUCGAAUGUAAAUUGUUUGUGUUACGCCACAAUUUUUACACUAACGUUAUAGAAUAUUUUCACAUUUGUCCUCUUUAUAUUUGUAUCAAAUAAACGCAAUAUUCGAUGUAUCUAAUCCCAAAGGUAAAAUUCAACAUUUAGUGUAGAAAUGAAUGCAUUAAAAAAAGUAAGCGAAAGAGAGAAUUGCAUCGUAACAUUUUACAUUCGAGGAACCGUCUUCCACUUCAUUCGGGAUGAAGCCGCGGCAACGUCGCUAAAUAUCAAACUCGAGAAAGAGCAAAUGAGACGCGUUAAGCUCGCGAUGUAUUUACUGUUAGCUCAAUAGAUAGCGUAAGCGGAGGUGUAACGAAGGACGGGUGUAUUACAUAUCGAGAUCCUCUCGUAAGCCCACGCUUAAUUGAAAGAUUAUACGAGACGGAUUAAAUUCCCUGACGGUUUAAGAAAACGGAGAUGACGAUGCUCAUAUACUUUUAAGUUUCGUUACUAACUUUGUCCUCCUUUACAUCCAAAAAUGAACCUUUCCUUAUGCAUAUAUAUAUACAUAUACGCAUAGAUAUACGUAUAAAUAUAGAUGUAUUACCUGUUGUACAUACUCUCUCCACCGGAACCUCUUCUACGUAAUACUAUUGUAAUUUUGUACACUUAGCGCAUGUAUACUUAUACAUACUUUUAAUAAAAGUCAAUAAUAUAACGGCAUGUCUUAAACGUACCUGUUUGUCAUACUCAAGAAAUUAUAAUCAACUUAGGUACAUAAGCUGAUCUAAUAUUUUAACACGCGAAAUAUAUUAUCCACGUUUUAUACAUUAUUAUUGUAAUCGCGAGGUCCAUUACUAAGAUUUCAUCUGCGUGAAUUAUCUGUUUUAAUCAAUUUUCCUCUAACUUCCACUUUAUUUACGUAAAUUUUCAAGUUU